UAGAUAUGGAGUUUAUUAGGUCUGUGUGCAUGAAGCAAAAUGAAAACAAGGAGCCUCGGUCGUACCUCUUUGCGUCAGGAAGCCACUGUGUUGAUUAGGAUGCAUUGCGUCGCUCCAGAAAUGGACUCAUAUUUUUCAUAUCACUGGGAGAUCCUUUUAGCUUCUCACUAACAAAACUCUGAAAGGAUACAGACAAUAAAAUUCCACCCACUGUCACAGUACACUGAAUGACCGAAUCUCCACACGGAAAAUAAUGCACUAUCAUAUUAUAUCGGCUGGCUCGGCCUUCCACAGCCUUGAGAGUUAAGUAAGUGUGCAUAUACGACAAGUCAGUAUCAGACAUGAGGAUCAUCCAAAUCCUGUAAAAAUGACUCCUCUUUGAGCAUGACAGACGGUAGCGGUGGUUAAUCUGAGCCCUCGAUGUUUGAUCGGACGGCCUGGAUUCUGAUGAUUCAGAACUUAAGAAGAUUCAUCCACAUGGCUGACUCCACGAGUCCAUGACUGACGUGAGAGCAUGCGUCACUGGCAAGAGGUGACCAAUUUGAUACGCUGUUGCAUCGUCAGCUCAUCAUCUUUCCUUAGGAAGACAUAGCACUAGGUGCUAUAUGUAUACACUACAGUUGCCAUUGCGACCAUCAUCAGAUUGUGCCCACACAUCGUGCUAUCUUGCCGGUGUCACUGUCUUCCCAGUUUGACUGACUCCACCACCAGUGCUUCUGCUACAAUAGCCGAUCAGCCAUGACCUUCACCGGCAGCGGCGAUGGCCAGAGCGGCUCCGCGAGGGCGCACUUUGUGUUGGUACCGAUGUUGGCGCAGGGGCACACAAUCCCCAUGACCGACAUGGCACGCCUGCUGGCAGAGCACGGCGCGCAGGUUAGCUUCAUCACCACACCAGUGAAUGCCUCCAGGUUGGCAGGCUUUGCAGCCGAUGUGGAGGCGGCGGGCCUGGCAGUACGGCUCGUGGAGCUCCAUUUCCCGAGCGCCAAGUUUGGCCUACCGGACGGGUGCGAGAACCUGGACAUGAUCCAAUCCACGGAUCUGCUCUCCAACUUCAUGGAUGCCAUCGCUGCGCUUCAGGAGCCGCUCAAGGCAUACCUCCAUGAGCAGCAGCGCUCGCCUCCGAGCUGCAUCAUAUCUGACCUGAUUCACUGGUGGACUGGUGACAUCGCAAGGGAGCUUGGUAUCCCGAGGCUGACCUUUAGUGGCUUUUGUGGCUUCUCGUCCCUCAUCAGGUACAUCACUUAUCACAACAAUGUAUUUCAAAAUGUCAAAGACGAAAAUGAGCUCAUCACAAUCACAGGGUUCCCUACGCCACUAGAGCUGACAAAGGCUAAAUGCCCUGGAAAUUUUUGUAUUCCUGGUAUGGAGCAAAUCCGUAAGAAGUUCCUUGAAGAGGAGCUGAAAAGUGAUGGUGAGGUAAUUAACAGCUUCCAGGAGCUGGAGACAUUGUACAUUGAAUCCUUUGAGCAGACGACAAAGAAGAAGAUCUGGGCGGUCGGACCAAUGUGCCUCUGCCACCGAGACAACAACACUAUGGCCGCAAGAGGAAACAAGGCGUCAAUGGAUGAAGCACAGUGCUUGCAAUGGCUUGAUUCAAUGAAGCCAGGCUCAGUGGUCUUUGUCAGCUUUGGCAGCCUCGCUUGCACUACACCUCAACAGCUUGUUGAGUUGGGACUGGGACUUGAAACCUCCAGGAAACCGUUUAUUUGGGUGAUCAAAGCAGGAGCUAAGCUUCCAGAAGUUGAGGAAUGGCUGGCAGACGAGUUCGAGGAGCGUGUCAAAAAUAGAGGCAUGGUCAUAAGGGGUUGGGCACCACAGCUCAUGAUCCUGCAGCACCAAGCCGUUGGAGGAUUCAUGACGCACUGCGGGUGGAACUCAACAAUAGAGGGCAUCUGUGCAGGUGUGCCCAUGAUCACAUGGCCACACUUUGGGGAGCAGUUUUUGAAUGAGAAGCUGCUGGUGGAUGUGCUGAAAAUCGGGAUGGAGGUUGGAGUGAAAGGAGUUACACAGUGGGGAAGUGAAAACCAGGAGGUUAUGGUUACAAGAGAUGAGGUGCAGAAAGCUGUGAACACCCUGAUGGAUGAGGGGGCGGCUGCAGAAGAGAUGAGGGUGAGAGCAAAAGACUGCGCCAUUAAGGCAAGGAGGGCUUUCGAUGAGGGAGGUUCUUCGAAUGACAACAUAAGGCUAUUAAUUCAAGAAAUGGAAAUCAAGACGAAUGCAUGUGGUUCAGUGGUUGAUACAGAUGGUAAUAAGCUCUCUUUUUUGGUGUAAACAUAAAGUAAAAGAGCCUAUAGCAUAUUUAUCGUUAUAAAGGAUUUCUUUUACAAAUAACCGGUAGCCUGUAUCAGGAUCACUGUCUAUUCUGUUGCGCAGGUUUCAUAUUUUUUUGGGAAAGGGGAUAUCCCCGGCCUCUGCAUCAUACUGAUCCACACAGCCAUAUUUAUUAAAAACAAUUCAGAAGUUCAGUAGUUUCAUAAUGAUUACACGGUCUGCUUCUCCGAAUGGCAUGCUCUCCUUUUCAUUUUGCUACCACUUACUCAUCAGAGUUGAUAAGAGUUCAGAAAGGAGAAAAAAUGAAAUAAAAUGUAUGCACAUUAUCAAACUGGGACUAAAAGCAAGCGAUGAUUCAAGGUGAAUAAUCCAAAGGAAGAUAAGGAAGUGAAACCCACAUAAAGCACAUAUGAAUUUAGAAACUUAUGUUUGACUUAGCAGUGUGACAAACAUGAAAUCUCAAGGAUCCCUCCAUACUAAAAAGAGGUUCAAGGUUACCUAAAAUAAGGCUGUCUUGUACUGUUUACAUGAGAAGUAAAUGAAGGAUCAAACUCAAGACUAGUGAGCAAAUCUAUUGUUUUAAACGUGCUGGUUGAUGCUCCUAGUUGCCAAAAUCAAUCUAAUCCUGCACUUAAGUCUUCUAAACAGAUAAAAGUAUGUACUCAGUAAAAAGAGCCUAUAGUACAAAUAACCUGUUGUCAUUAGAAAGAGCCUAUAUAUCAUUGGAACUAAUUUUAUUUUACAAAUAACCCGUUGCUUGUAUUAGGCUCGCUGGUGGGGCCGUGAUUGUUUAGAGAUUAAGCGAGGGUCCAAAUGACAGCGAUAUCAGUUGUCUACGCUGUUGUGCAGGUUUCAUGGCAGUCAACAUAAUGAUUACACAGUCUUCUUCUGCAGAUGUUAUCCUCUCCUUUUCAUUUUGCUACCACUUGCUCAUCAGAGUUAAAUAAGGGUUCGGAAAGGAGAAGAAAAUGAAAUAAACUGUAUGCACAUUAUCAAACUGAAACUGAAAGUAAGAGAUGAUUUGAGGUGAAUAAUUCAAAGGAAGAGAAGGAAAUGGAACCCACAUAACGUGCAUUUGACAUUAAAAUCUUAUGUUUGACUUAGUGGUGUGGCAAACAUGAAAUUUCAAGGAUCUCUCCAUACAAAAAGAGAUAAGGAUCACCUAAAACAAGGUUGUCUUGUACAGUACCGUUUAUAUGACAAGUGGCUAAAGGGUCAAAGCUCAAGACCAGUGAGCAAAUCUAUUGUUUUGAACGUGCUGCUGACGCUCCUGGUUGCCAAAAUCAAUCUAAACCUGCACUUUUCGUCUUCUAAACGGAUAGAAGUAUGUAGGAGUAUUUAUCUAGCAACUGGGGGCACAAACAGGAUUGAAUAAGUUCAAAGAAACCAUGGUGUAAUAAUAAAAGCAUAUAAACAGAUGGCUGUUUCAUAGGAAGUGUACAGAUUUACUGAGCAAUUAUGAACAGGCAUGGUCAAAUGUUUUAUAUUCAAAGUAGGACAGUGUGUUGAGUUCCUUACAAAGUCAAAUAUGAACUAGGCAGUGGGAAAGAUGUAAACUGGAGGAAAUAGACCAAACCUGGUUUCACUAUGCACCGAUGAGCCAUGACUGUCACUUCAUCUGGAGCAUUCUGUAAAACAUAUGGAUAGCCUCCUCACCGUGAGGACCAGAGGGCUUUGGCAAGUGGGCGUCGAGCUCUAGCCCAAACUUAGCCACCACGUGCACGUGAACGGCGUCGCCGACAGCCGGCUCCACGGCGCGCGCCAACCCGCCGCAUUGAGCAACGGCGGGAACGUGUACGCGUCGGGCCUGGCUCCGCGCGCCAGGAUGCCCACGUACACCCGCAGCAGCAUCCUCGGCGCCAGCAGCCACCGCCGCGAGGCGCCCCGGCGAGGAAUUUCAUCGAACGGGCGACGGGCGCACCGCAGGCCCCCGCAGCAUGCGCUUGCUAGCCUUCCGCACGCGCUCCUCGCCGCGAGAUUGUCGCCGAGUGAUGCGCAGGGAACGGGUCAGCAGAGGAGUCCGGGCGGUGGCGCUCGGCUUUUGGUCGCGGCAAGCAGGCUCGCAUUCGUCCUCUGUUUUCCCUUCUUCUGUUUGGAAGGUCUGAUGAGAUCGGGAAUCCUGAAGAUGGUGAAGUUUUACUCCCUCCGUCUAGUAGGGCGUCUCCAACAAAAACAUAAAAACUGAUCCGCACAUUAAAUUUCAGGUUUUUUUAGCGCCAGAUAGCUCCAUCACAAGCUGUAAAAUAGUGCACAAGCUAAAAAGCGCUAUCAGAAGCUGCAAAUUUGGGACGUCGGAUUGCGCGCGCUUUACAAUUUACACUGCGUGUUUUUUGGACGCGCGUUUUUUAACAUCUACUAAAUCAAUGUUUGACCCGGCGCACUAAAAAUGCUACAGUGAUUUUAGUGCGCGAAAUUUUUAUGCGCCUAAUGAAGAUGCUCGACGGAGGAAGUAUUCUUCAAGAAAAAAAAUCAUUGGAUAGAUUUCAGACAUCAUCGAGCGUAUCCGAUCCAAGCCAUAUAACCAUUCAGCCUUGACAUCUCUCAAAGUUUGUCAUAAAAUGGCUAUGGCUAGUACAGUACUAUUUUCACUACGACGUAUAUAUGACUAAUAUAAAAACUACAUUCUAGGUAAAUGUAUAGGAGCAUCCAACUAUCGCGCACACCUCUUCAACUCGAUCUUCGAUGUAGAAAGGAAAAGAAAACACUCAAUCCGUCAAGUACCGGGGCCUCCAACCACCGCGCAUGAUGCAGCGAGGUCUCUACUCGCCGAUACGGCUUCGCACACCACCGCAAGGUAUGCAGUAGCUACAGCGAGAGUCUCGUGAUAAUCGAUUGAUAUGAUUCUCUAUAUUGCGAAGUCUCCAACUCAAUCAAUAGUGUACCAAGUAUGGGGGUCUUCUACGCUACCGUGCACGAUCGCAGGGUCUUCUACUCGCACAUACACUUCUCCGACCAUCGAGCACCACUGUCAAGUACGUACAAGCUACAGCGAGCAAACAUGAAAUACCCUACACCCACCAAACUUAGUGUACACAAAUUAACCAGCACCCUUGGAUCUAACCCACUUAAUUGUAUCUAAGAGUCUGUAUUACUUCGGUGGUCUGCCAUCAAAACGAAUGGACGAGAUUAAAUGUUU